AUGCCUAGAUUUACCGCAGACCAUAACGUAACUAGACAAAAUGAUCAACAAAAGACCGUGACCAUUAUUGAUGAAACGGCAAUGGUUUCAUCCAUGCAAAAAAAUAAACAGGUGUUUUCACCAAAACAAACGUUCCCACCCGAACCUUAUAUUCAAGUACCGUCACCAAUCUUUCUUAAUAUUGAAGAAUUCAUGCCAAAGAAACCCGGGAAUAAGACCUCAAAUGCUUUCAUUAUUUAUCGAACGGUGUUUGCAAAGGUUCUUACCGGAAAGGAUUUUCAAAAUAAGAUGACCGACGUUUCUAAAUGGGCUUCUAUAUCAUGGAAGAAUGAAAAGGCUGAUGUUAUAUCUGCGUAUAAAAGGUUUGCAAAAGAGAUCCAAACAACCCAUAAGAAACGUUCGCAGGAAGCUUUGAUAUCUCGCAAUCGUCGGUUAAUUGCUGCAAACACCCCAAGGCGGGGAAAUCCAACAAUUUCUCCGAGGCACGAGAUUCCAACUUAUCAACAACAUACAAAUUUGAUUUAUGAACAGGGGAAUAUGAACUUUUCUGAAGCUUUUCAAACGAACCCUUUUACAAUUCUUCAAACCUUUCAAAAUAUUAUUCCGGAACCAUCAGAAGAGGAAUUUCAAGUAAAUGAUCAAUUGAAUUCAAUGAUUACCUUUGAAGAAUUUGGCCAAUCUCCCGUACCUUCUUCAAUUGAGGAAGAAUAUCCUUUGGAGAUAUUAGAUGAGGAUUUUGAGAUUCUUAAUUUAGAAAUUUCUUCUUCUUUUCCAAUGCAACCAAUGUUAAUUUCGUCUCAUUCCGAAUUCCAAGAACUUUAUGAGGGGGGAAUUAAUGAACCAGGUUGGAUUUUAAACUUUAAUUAA